AUGCGGCGCCCCACAGAUGGCGCUCAGUUCGAGUGUCUCUUUCUUAAUGGAGGCCUUUAUUCCCUCCUUUGCCUUCGCUUGAUGCCCAUUUACCCUCGCGGGGGAUAUUUUGAAGUGGUUUCAUCGUCAAGGAUAAAGUUGGCAUCUGUGCUUAUGCUCAGCAUGUCCACACCUGGGAGUUCAUCUGGGAGCCACACAUGUGUUUUCUGCAGCCAGGCAUUUACUUGCAAGACAGACCUUCAGACCCACUUUAGACGACAUGCCAAUGGGGAAAUUGACAUUAAGGGUCGACCAAAAAUGCAACAGAAAGCAGAGGAGAAAUGUACCCUUGAAGAAGAGGAAAAGGUUGAGAAGGAAGAUGUGAUUAGAAAGUCACCAGAUGAAGUUGUUGGAAAGAAGACAGAUGGCUCUGUGUGUGAUGUUUGUGGUUCCAUUCUGAGUCUAGUCCCAGAAAAUCCUUUAUAA